AUGAUAAAUGUCAAAGCCAAAAAGAAACUGCAUUAUUAUCAAGGACAUGAAAUAGUCAGUUCUGACUUCAAGAUCGAUAAGGUUUUCACCUUGCGUGACAUUGACAAUCUCUUCGACGACAUUGAUGCUGACUCUGAGCUGGGUUUGCCUCUGCUUUCUCCUUUGCCCAAAAGCACUGGCAUGAAUAGUCAGAAGAAAAGUGAAAGUUCUUCUGAUCCAGAAAAGAUGAAGGCAUCAUCUCAACAGGUGCCCAAGGAUGCUUUAAUCCAGGAAAAUGGCAUUCAAGAAGAUGAAAUGAUUUAUAAAGAGAGUCCAUUUAAAGAACUUGCUCCCAUAAAGACAUCCAGCCCUAUUGCUUUGGCAACAGAGAGGGAUGAAACGGUGGAUGGAGUCAGACCUGUGGCUGAUCCUCUUCUCUUUGUUGAGGAUGAGGAACCCAUUGGUGGAGACUUAAGCAAGGGGUCCUGCACUCAGCAGUCAGAACCGGUCAAGGAAUCUGUUAAUGGGGAUAGCGGGUCUCUGGCUUCACCACCAGAAAGGCUUGAGUUUAGAAAAACUACUAAAGCAACUGCUGGUUCUUUAUCAAGUAUGAAGCCUGCGAAAACCACUAAAAUGCCAGAGCAAGCCACACAGUCAGCUCCAGAAACUAAGGAAGGUUUAACAAUGGAAAAAAAUCAGAAUCAACUUUCUCCUGUUUUGGUUCAGAAAAGUGAACCAAAACUUCAAGAGGUGGAGCAAUGCAAGAAUCAGGUGGUGGAGGAUCAAGGCAAAGGAUUGUCUUUCCAGCACAAGCUUAAUAAGGCCUUGAUGCCUAAAUCCCCACGUUCCAGGAAACCAGCAGCAGUUCCAGCUCCUCCACCUGUAGAUUUAGAGGAGGAUUUCAUGAUCCUAGACGACGAGGCUCCUGUUCUUUUUGUCAUCCCUCGCAAGGCAGAGGUCAGCAGGAACAAAAGACCUGUCCCAGCAGACACCGCAAAGGAGAAUGUUCCUACAGAGCCACACUCUACAGAUCAACUCUCACAGAGUGAAACAGAUACGACUAAUCAGCAUGGGCAGGAUGCCAAAAGAAACAAAGUGCAAAUGGAGUCUGGUAAACAGAAACUGAAAGAAAAACGUGGAAAAGCCUCAAAAAAGAGUGGCAAAGGCCCUGUGACUCAUGAUAGUGUUGAGGAUGGAGCAGACCUUGUAACUGAAACAUUGGAGGACAGAAUUUCUGAUCAGACCUCUUCUCAAACUGUACAGGGACGCAAAACUGUGUCAACAGGAAAGAAACGUGCGAACAGCAAGGCACCUGAGCCUGUUGAUCUUUCUGACAAAGAUGAAACAAAUACAGGUGGCAGCCAAGAAAUCCUAGAUCCUGAGUCUAGAGCCACAAAGAAAUCCUCAAAAUCAUCUAAACAGGAGAGACCCAGACCAAAAGCUAAGAAGGAAUCCAAUAAAGACACUGCUGCAGCAGAUCAUCACUCCACAAAAUCCAACAGAAAAAGAAAGAAUAACAAAAAGGAGGAAACUGCUUCUAAGACAAAGAAACGAACUUCUAAACAACAAAAAGAGUUGGAACAGAUAGAUCCUUCCUGUGAGGAGCAAGAGCAUGAACCUUCACCUGCCCUCAAUGAGCGAAAGGAGAAACAAACGACAGCUGUGAAUAAACGAUCUUCACCCAAGGAAGAUGCUGUGGAUCCAGGCAAAAAACAGAAGAGAAAAGAGACAAAAAGGGUGGAACCAAAAUCACAGGAUCUACCAACAAUAGCAUCCGACAUUUCUUCAGACAGUCCUAUGUGUUGCAAGAGGAAAAGGAGACCUCCAGGAGAGUGGUGGCUCUCUAGCCCGAAUGAAAGUACCACAGAGUCUCAGCCAAAGCAAGCGUUGGAUACGGCACAAAGACCGAAAGCCAGUACUAAAGCAUCAACAAAGCAAGAAGCUGCUGUUGAUUCUGAGGAAACGCAGUCUAUCAGGCCUGCCCAGGGGAAUCAGAAAAAGCAGAUGACUCCCAAUGUGUUGGACAGUGCUAAAAAGACAAUAGCAGGUGACGAUGGACAUAAUGCUGGAGCUGAGCAGAAGACUACUAAGAAAACAGGUGGUCGAAGGAAACCAAAAUCAACACCCACUCAACCUCAAGUGGCAUCACCAGGAGAGGAAGUGGGAGCUUUUCCGAAUGAGAAUGAUGCAGAGAUUAGUCCAGAAUUGUGUAGUCCUAACAGACAGCACAACCUCCUUAGAGGUGAGAAGAGAAUGUUUGACUGGGUCUACUCGCGUGAAUCUGGAUCUGCACAGAAACAGACUUCAUCUUCUCUUAGAAGACCAGACAGUUCUGUGCCAGACAACGUUCCACAGAAAAGACAAAGAAAAGCUCCUUCUAAUUGGUGGGAGGCACCACAGUCUCAGGAACCAGCCGAUGGGCUUCCCACACCUCGCAGUUCUCCUCCACAAAAGUCCAAACUAACAAAUACUCCUCUACGUGGUGUGAUUAAUAAGGAUGGAAAUUCAAUGAAAUCACAAAAAACAAAGAAUCACACCAGGAGCCUAAAAAGAAACAUCAUCACCACGCCAAAAUCAAUCAAACGAUCUUUAGCCUCAAUGAAUGCUAUUUUUGCUUCUGAAAAACCUGAAAACAUGGUAAAAAGUGGACUAAGGUGCAGAAAACAGGGACGCAGAAACCUCCUUCACUCUCUUGAGGACCAGUCAGAUCACUCGAGUGAGAAUAUGGCCCAAAGUGAUGAUCAGCUGCAGGGAAACAGCCGUGCCUCUUUUGGCUUCACCAGUGGUGUUACUGAGGAGCCGUCAGGGACCAGAAACAAACCAAGUGUCCGAGUAUCCAGGGGACCCAACAUAUUAUCUGAUGUUGACGUGGCUUUCAGAAGUGGGCCGUCAUCAAUGCUUGAGCUUCAGCGACAUGAGGAGGAUGAUGAUAUUAACUUGCCAUCGUCUAGAGUGAUGCCACAUGUGCGACAGGCUCCACGAGUGUUGGCGCAGUGCGAUCUCUGUGGGCCUCCACUGCAGCCUAUUGUCCUGGAGGAAGAGGAUUGGAACAACCUGCAUGAGUGGUUCUCUCACCUGUGGCCCCCAGCCUCUAAAG